AUUGAAGGUACAUCAGCACAUUCACACUGGGCAAGGCCAUUCACCUGUACUGCGUGUGAGAAAGGAUUCAGUCAGUCUUCCCACCUGUGGACACACUAGUCAGAUCACUCUGGGCAAAGGCUGGUGAUCUGCUGAAUAUCUGGGAAAGGAUUCACUCAGUCAUCUGACCUAAUGGCACACCAGCGUGUUCACACUGGGCUGAGGCCGUUCACCUGCUCACAAUGUGGGAAGGGAUUCACUCAGUCAUCCCACCUGCACAGUCACAAGCGAGUUCACACUGGGGAGAAGCCAUUCACCUGCUCAGUCUGUGGGAAGGGAUUCACUCAGUCAUCCACACUACAGAGUCAUCAGCGAGUUCACACUGGAGAGAGGCCAUUCACCUGCUCAGAGUGUGGGAAGGGAUUCACUCGGUCAUCCCAACUACUGGCACACCAGCAAGUUCACACUGGGGAGUGGCCUUUCACCUGCUCAGAAUGUGGGAAAGGAUUCACUAAAUCAUCCAGCUUACUGGUACAUCAGCGAGUUCACACAGGGGAGAAGCCAUUCAGCUGCUCAGUCUGUGGAAAGAGAUUCAUUCAGUCAUCUUACCUGCAGAGUCAUCAGCGAGUUCACACAGGGGAGAAGCCGUUCAGCUGCUCAGUGUGUGGGAAGAGAUUCACUCAGUCAUCCCACCUACUGAGUCACCAGCGAGUUCACACUGGGGAGAGGCCGUUCACCUGCUCAGACUGUGGUAAGAGAUUCACUCAGUCUUCCACCCUACAGAGUCAUCAACGAGUUCACACUGGAGAGAGGCUGUUCACUUGCUCAGAAUGUGGGAAGAGAGUCACUGAUUCAUCUGCCCUACAGAGACAUCAGCGAGUUCACACUGGGGAGAAGCCGUUCACCUGCUCAGAAUGUGGGAAGAGAUUCACUGAUUCAUCCACCCUACAGAAGCAUCAGCGAGUUCAUACUGGGGAGAAGCCGUUCACCUGCUCAGAAUGUGGGAAGAGAUUCACUCAAUUAUCCAAUCUACAGAGACAUCAUCGAGUUCACACUGGGGAGAAGCCGUUCACCUGCUCAGUCUGUGGGAAGAGAUUCACUGAUCCAUCCACCCUACUGAGUCAUCAGCGAGUUCACACUGGGGAGAAGCCGUUCACCUGCUCAGAAUGUGGGAAGAGAUUCACUCGGUCAUCCUACCUGCAGAGUCAUCAACAAGUUCACACUGGAGAGAAGCCGUUCACCUGCACAGAAUGUGGGAAGAAAUUCACUUGGUCAUCCACACUACAGAGUCACCAGCGAUUUCACACCGGGGAGAAGUCGUUCAUCUGCUCAGACUGUGGGAAGGGAUUCACUGACUCUUCCACCCUACAGAGACAUCAGCGAGUUCACACUGGGGAGAAGCCAUUCACCUGCUCAGAAUGUGGGAAGGGAUUCACUCAGUCAUCCCACCUACUGGAACACAAGUUAGUUCACACUGGGGAGAAGCCGUUCACCUGCGCAGAAUGUGGGAAGAGAUUCGCUCACUCAUCCAACCUACAUAGUCAUCAGCGAGUUCACACUGGGGAGAAGCCAUUCACCUGCUCAGUAUGUGGGAAGAGAUUCACACACUCUUCCACCCUUCAGAGACAUCAGCGAGUUCACACUGGGGAGAAGCCAUUCACUUGCUCAGAAUGUGGGAAAGCAUUCACUCAGUCAUCCCACCUACUGGCGCACCAGUCAGUUCACACUGGGGAGAGGCUGUUCACCUGCUCAGACUGUGGGAAGGGAUUCACUCAGUCAUCCAACCUGCAGAGACAUCAGCAAGUUCACACUGGGGAGAAGCCGUUCACCUGCUCAGUCUGUGGGAAAGGAUUCACUCGGUUAUCCCAACUACUGGAACACAAGUCAGUUCAUAGUGGGGAGUGGCCAUUGUUAUGAAUCCCUAGGUUUCGUUUGAUAUGGACUGUCAUUUUAAGAGAGAUUAAGAAGGUGAAUCAGUCUGACUUGCAGCUUGUUUACAUCGCUCGCAGCUUGUUUUGUUUUAACCGAGGACACAGACACUCAGAGUCAGAUGGAGACGGAUGAAAAAUGGAAGGAUUGAAACCAGGGAUCUAGUGGCCAAGGGUCACUGUUUGGAACUUUCCUGUGCCCACAAGGGUGGGUUAAUUAUCCAUUCACUGUACAUCGAAUGUGUGGUUGUUUGAUCCAUAGACGUGUAUCUGAUUUGAGGUAUCCUGUGAAGUCCACUUAUGUGUUAACCCUUGCCUGGGUGUGACGUGGUCAUUCAUUUGAAGAUGAUACCCCUCAUGACAAGUCACUUUCGGUGAUAAUUCGUAAUUAGAUUUGUAAAGAUGACGGAUAAAAUCUACAGCAACUGGUCUCUCAUUUUACCACUGUGGAACCUGUAGAACAGACAGACAGACAGACGUACUUUAUUGAUCCUGAGGGAAAUUGAGUUUCAUUUCAGCCACACCAACCAAGAAUAGUGUAGAAAUAUAGCAAUAUAAAAUCAUCAAUAAUUAAAUAAUAAUAAGUUAAUCUUUGCAAGUGGAAAUAAUUCCAGGACCAGCCUAUUGGCUCAGGAUGUCUGGCACUACGAGGGAAGAUUAGAAAAGUUUGAUGGCCACAGGCAGGAAUGACUUCCUGUGACGCUCAGUGUUACAUCUCGGUGGAAUGAGUCUCCGGCUGAAUGUACUCCUGUGCCUAACCAGUAUAUUAUGGAGCGGAUUGGAGUCAUUGUCCAAGAUGGCAUGCAACUUGGACAUCAUUCUUUUUUACGACACCACCGUCAGAGAGUGCAGUUCAACCCCCGGAACAUCACUGGCAUUACGAAUGAUUUUGUUGAUUCUGUUGGUGUCUGCUACCCUCAACCUUCUUCCCCAGCACACAACAGCAAACAUGAUAACACUGGUCACCACAGCCUCGUAGAACAUACUCACCAUCGUCUGGUAGAUGUCAAAGGACCUCAGUCACCUCAGGAAAUAGAGUCGGCUCUGACCCUUCUUGUAAACAGCCUGUGUGUUCUUUGAGCUGUCCUGUUUAUUGUCAAUUCGUAUCCCCAGGUAUUUGUAAUCUUCCACCAUGUCCACACUGACCCCUUGGGUGGAAACAGGGGUCACCGGUGCCUUAACCCUCCUCAGGUCCACCACCAGCUCCUUAGUCUUUUUCACAUUAAGCUGCAGAUGAUUCUGCUCGUACCAUGUGACAAAGAUUUCCACCAUCGCUCUAUACUCAGCCUCAUCUCCAUUGCUGUUCGACAUAACUGCCUUCUCUCGACAUUUACCCUGAAUUACAAAUAUCUCUCUCAUCACCUAUUUUGUGGAUGAACUGAACAUUCAUACUUUACCAUCUGAAGACUCCAAGCCUUGUUUCCCCCAAGCUCAAUAGUUUGGGAGUUAUAUUUACACACAUAUAUACACAUAACACUGUUAAUUUUCAUUUAAUUUGCUGAAGUUACUAUAGUAUAAAUGGAUACUAAUAAGCAUUGUGGUUUUCACAUCAAAAACAGACUCCAGUAGUAGUCUGUUGCUGCUGGUUCGUUUCUGAAGCGUUAAGGUUCGUAACAAAAUGGGGCCUGCUUCUGGGAUAUGAUCAAAUUUGAGGAUUGAUUUAUUAUCAAUUUCAUUGGGGAAAUCUCUUUUGAUUUAUUUCUGUUUGGAAAAUUUGCAGCAAUGGAUGUUGAUCGAUGUCAGGAAGCGCCAACCUCUGUGGCAUUAGAGGACGCCAGAAGGGUUGAGUUGUUGAGUAUUGCUGAAAGGUUAAAACUUGCUAAGGUGAAAUUGACAAUGAGGAGAUGCAGAGGAUAACAGCUGAACAUUAUGUAUCUGAGGGUGUGUUUAAAGUGGAGGAGUUGGAGGGGUUUCCUGAAAGUAAACCUCGUGAGCUU